CAAAAGUUUCGGUUCUUCGUGAAAGCUGACCCAGUCGCCUUGUUACUGGAAGCAUUUGAUGCUGCUUUGAGUGGAGAGAAGACAAGGCUGUUGAGAAUAUCUGCAGCCACCAUACGAUGCUUGUCGUAUUGCAGAAAGAUUGUAGACACAAGGGCAAGAGCCGAUCUUUGUAAUUGA